AUGCAUGGGGAGGUCCAUUCCCCCCAGUAUCCUCAGCCUUACCCUCCGAACCUGCUGGAGCAGUGGGACCUCAGCGUGCCCGAGGGCUACCAGAUCCGACUCACCUUCACACACCUGGACAUUGAAGCUUCUCCAGGCUGCCAUUACGACGCCCUUACAGUUCUCUAUGAUGAUAAGGUCCUGGGAAAGUUUUGUGGCAAUGAGAAUUCUGCUGAUGGGAAUCACCCAGGCAACCACCCCAUGUUGUCUCCAGGCAACAGACUCACCCUCAUUUUCCAGACAGAUGACAACAACCCAGAGCGCCACCAGAAUGUGGGCUUCUCUGCCCAGUACCAGGCAACAGACAUAGAUGAGUGUUCUGCACCAGAAGAAGGCUCAGGACCACUCUGCUCUCAGAUCUGCCUCAACACCCUUGGCUCAUACCUCUGCUCCUGUCACCACGGCUACGAGCUUCGCUCAGACCAGCGCACCUGUUUGUUAUCCUGCAGUGGUGGUAUAUUUGAUGAGCCAGAGGGACACCUAUUCAGUCCAGGAUACCCUAACCCCCCACCUCAUGCUGUGUCCUGUCAGUACAUCAUUUCUGCAGGAUCUGGCUUCACUGUCUCUCUUAACUUCACUGACAACUUCCACAUCGAGAGCGUGGACACUCAGCAAGGCCCAAGCUGCCUCCAUCACUGGUUGCAGGUAACCAUUCCAGGCCAAGAGCCCAUGAAGCUGUGUGGUGGAAAGAGUCCAGGUCUAAUGACCACAAACUCCAACACUGUCACGCUGGACUACCACACUGAUGAUGACGGCCUGAGCAGCGGCUGGAGCCUGGACUACAGCACACACCGAGUGAAGUGUCCAUUUCCUGGGACUAUAGCUAAGGGCAGGGUCACGCCUUUCUUGACCGAAUAUCUCUACAGAGACUACAUCUUUGCACGCUGUGACCAAGGAUACAAGCUGAUGAUGGAUGGGCAGGAGAUUGAGAGUUUCUCAACCAUGUGCCAAAGCAAUGGACAGUGGCACCUUCCUCUGCCAGAAUGCCACAUCUGUGGCCAGCCCACACAGCACAUCUCUGCCUAUCAGAGGAUCAUUGGAGGCAGAGAAGCUCCAGAAAAUACCAUCCCCUGGCAAGUGCUACUGAGUAUAGACGGACAAAGAGCCGGAGGCAUGGUGAUUGCAGACCGCUGGAUUAUGACUGCAGCUCAUGUUCUAAAACAUGAUGGAAGUACAGCUGCAAACGAGGCUGUUCGGAUAUACAUGGGACUCACUGAUGUUAAAACCCUGUAUAACUCUCCUGUGUCGGCUGCCUCAGUCCAUAUUCACCCUGAAUACAACAACCCCAACCUCUUAGACUUCAACAAUGACAUCGCCUUGAUCAAACUGCAAGACCCAAUCACGUUCAACUCCUCCGUUAUGCCAAUCUGUUUGCCAGCAGAGGGUGCCACAUACACCACUGGCAUGAUGGGGUGUCUGUGUUUGUCAGCGAGCGAGUGCUGGCAGCUGGCCAGUACUGAGACGGUAAUGCAUGGGAAGGUCCAGUCCCCUCAGUAUCCACAGCCUUACCUUCCCAACCUGCAAAAGGAAUGGGAUCUCUGCGUUCCUGAAGGAUACCAGAUCGAGCUGUCUCUUACACACCUGGAUAUUAAACCUUCUAUGGGCUGCUAUCAAGACUCUCUGACGUACAUCAUCUCUGUGGAGCCCAGAUUCGCUGUCACUCUAAACUUCACCGACAACUUCCACAUAGAGAGUGUGGACACUCAGCAAGGUCCCAAGUGUCUACAUCACUGGCUGCAGGUGACCAUCCCAGACAGAGAGCCCAUGAAGCUGUGUGGUGGAAAGAGUCCAGGUCUGAUAGCUACAAAUUCCAGCACUGUCAGACUGGACUACCACACUGAUGAUGAAGGCCUGAGUCUCGGCUGGAGGCUCGACUACAGCACAAACGUCUGUGGCCAGCCCACGAAACUCAUCUCUACCUAUCAGAGGAUCAUUGGAGGCAGAGAAGCUCCAGAAAAUACCAUCCCUUGGCAAGUGUUAGUGAAUAUAGCUGGAAUAAGAGCAGGAGGCACGGUGAUUGCAGACCGCUGGAUCAUGACUGCGGCUCAUGACCUAACACAAAACAGAAAAUUAAUAUCAAAAGAAAGAGUGCGGGUUUACAUGGGACACACUGAUGUUAAAACCCUGUAUAACUCUCCUGUGUUGGCUGCUUCAAUCCAUAUUCACCCUGAAUACAACAACCCCAACGGCUUAAACUUCAACAAUGACAUCGCCUUGAUCAAACUGCAAGACCCAAUCACAUUCAACUCAUCUGUUAUGCCAAUCUGUUUGCCAGCAGAGGGUGCCACAUACAUCACUGGCAUAAUGGGACUGAUGUCAGGCUUUGGCAUUAUGGAAAUUUACCCCCCACGGACUGCAACGAAGCUGAAGUAUGUGCACCUCCCUGUGGUGGACCAAGAGACAUGCCAAAAUUCAGUCAAUAAGCUGAAGAAGACAAGGAACAACGUACCAAGUCUGACAAAUAACAUGUUUUGUGCUGGAGUCCCUGAAGGCGGGAAGGACUCCUGUCUAGGCGACAGUGGAAGCCCCCUCGCUCUGAGUGAUGACGGGCGAUUCUGGGCUGCGGGGAUUGUCAGCUGGGGGGUUGACUGUGGACAGCAGGGAACAUACAGAGUCUAUACCAAAGUCACCAACUACCUGGACUGGAUCAACCAGACUAUGCAGGAGAAUGGACAUUUACAGUUUCUGUGUUGGUCAGCGAGUGAGUGCUGGCACCUGCCCAACUCUCAGCCUGUAAUACACUGGGAGGUCCAGUCCCCUCGGUAUCCACAGCCUUACCUUCCCAACCUGCUGAAGCAAUGGGACCUCUGGAUUCCUGAGGGCUACCAGAUCCAGCUGUCUAUAACACAUCUGGAUAUUAAAGCGUCUUUGGGCUGCUAUCAAGACUCUCUGACGGUUCUCCAUGAUCAGAAGGUCUUGGGGAAGUUUUGUGGUCAGGAGAAUUCAAACGAUCACCCAGGCAAAGAGUCGAUCCUUUCUCAAGGCAACAGCCUGACUCUCAUAUUCCAAACAAGCGAUUCCAUCGCAGAGCUCCAACAGCACAUUGGCUUCGCUGCUACCUACAAGGCAAUAGAUGUGGAUGAGUGUUCAAAACAGGACCCUGGAGAUGAUUCUGGUCCACUCUGCUCUCAGAUCUGCAUCAACACCCCUGGGUCUUACUACUGCUCCUGCCACAAUGGUUACAAACUUCAUUCAGACCAGCGCACAUGUUUGUUGUCCUGUGAUGCUUGUAUAUUUGAUAAGCGUGAGGGACGCCUGUCCAGUCCUGGGUACCCUGACCCUUCACCUCCUUUUCUGUCCUGCAAGUACAUCAUUUCUGUGGAGCCCAGAUUCACUGUCACUCUAAACUUCACCGACAACUUCCACAUAGAGAGUGUGGGAACUCAGCAAGGUCCCAGGUGUCUACAUCACUGGCUGCAGGUGACCAUCCCAGACAGAGAGCCCAUGAAGCUGUGUGGUGCAAAAAGUCCAGGUCUGAUAGCUACAAAUUCCAGCACUGUCAGACUGGACUACCACACUGACAAUGAAGGCCUGAGUCUCGGCUGGAGGCUCGACUAUAGCACAAACGAAGUCAAAUGUCCAUUUCCUGGAAAUGUGGCUAAAGGCAGAGUGACUCCUGUCUUGACUGAAUAUUUCUUCAGAGAUUACAUUUACGUGUCCUGUGACCAAGGAUACAGGCUGAUGAUGGACGGUCAAGAGAUCCAGAAAUUCUCAGCCAAGUGUCAAAGAGAUGGACAGUGGCACCUCCCUCUGCCAGAAUGCCGGAUAAUGAAUUGUGGAGAACCUCAGCCUUUACUGAAUGGAGGGGUGACCUUUCAGAAUGAGUACCGCUCCGUUGUUCAGUACCACUGUAAUGAACCGUUUUACUCUCUCCCUGGGGGUGCAAAUGUUAGUUUCUCCUGCGAUGCAGACGGAAAGUGGAGAUCCAAACACAACAAUGACACUCCAACGUGUAUACCUGUCUGUGGCCAGCCCACAAACCUCAUCUCUACCUAUCAGAGGAUCAUUGGAGGCAGAGAAGCUCCAGAAAAUACCAUCCCCUGGCAAGUGCUACUCAGUGUAGAUGGACUGAGAGCAGGAGGCAUGGUGAUAGCAGACCGCUGGAUUAUGGCUGCAGCUACUGAUUUAACACGGGAAGGAAAACCAGUAUCACCCAAGGUUUUACGGGUUUACAUGGGACACACUGAUGUUAAAAACCUGUAUAACUCUCUUGUGUUGGCUGCUUCAAUCCAUAUUCACCCUGAGUACAACAACCCCAACUUCUUAGACUUCAACAAUGACAUCGCCUUGAUCAAACUGCAAGACCCAAUCACAUUCAACUCAUCCAUUAUGCCAAUCUGUUUGCCAGCAGAGGGUGCCACAUACAUCACUGGCAUAAUGGGACUGGUGUCAGGCUUUGGCCUUACCGAAUCUGGCAAACGACGACUUUUAACAAACAGAUUGAGGUACGUGGAGCUUCCUGUGGUGGACCAGGAGACAUGCAGCAGUUCAGUCGAUAAACUGAAGAAGAUGAGGUCUAACUUCCCAAGUUUGACAAAUAACAUGUUUUGUGCUGGAGUCCCUGAAGGAGGGAAGGACUCCUGCCAAGGUGACAGUGGAAGCCCCCUCGCUCUGAGGGAUGGCGGACGCUUCUGGGCUGCUGGGAUUGUCAGCUGGGGGGCUGACUGUGGAGAGCCGGGAACAUAUGGAGUCUAUACCAAAGUCAGCAACUACCUGGACUGGAUCAACAAGACCAUGAAGGAGAACUGA